AGAUCGAGUCAGGCCACGGUGGGGUGAGGUGGCAACGCGUCCUGUUCUUUCCGCGACCCUUCGCUAUUAACUGUCAAAUCAACCAACAUUAUUCUGCUGCAUUGUACGCCGAGGACAACGCUUGAAACAGAGAGAACAGGAUGUCAGCCAAGGCGAUCCGCGAGGCGACGGGGAAGGCGCUGCUGCAGAAGAACCUCCCGGCGGGGGUGUGCGCGCCCUGCCGCUACGCCGCCGUCACCGAGGACACCCAGUGGGACGCCCUCGCCACGCAGCACCCGUGGCUCUCGGCGGAGAAGCUGGUUGUGAAGCCCGACCAGCUGAUCAAGCGCCGAGGGAAGCUGGGUCUCAUCAAGGUGGGCACGGACCUCGCCGGCGCCAAGGCAUGGGUCGGCGAGCGCAUGAACAAGGACCAGAAGCUUGACGUUGGUCAGCCUCCUGUGGCCCGUCGAGUCAAGGAUGGCGGACACUUCCUUGGGCUAGUCUCGGGGAGGCGUCGCCUUCACGCCGUUCUAGAUCCUCUGAAAGAGCAGCUCCCCAAAGCUGGGGGCAGGUGCUCCUGUCUGUGUUGCAUAACUGUGACGGCUGUCAUAACCCAGCCACCGGGGAGUCGAACAGACUGCUCCGGUGCCAGUGCCAAGCCUGGAUAG